AUGCAGAACGGUGGCGGGCAGAAGAGCACGGAAGUCGGUUCAUUUGAUUUCCCGCAUGAUAAGGUUUUGAAGAUGCGACAGUGGGUACUCGCUUUCGCCGUAGACCGUUUCAAUAUUGUAGUUGAUUUCGACCUUGAUCUCGGACCUGUUGUUCGAUCCGUAUGCCCCCCUGUAUAUCUAUCACCCUCCGAAACAGAGAACAUUGCCUUUUCUGCUUUUCCGGACUCGCUGCAAUUCGAUCAAGGGACAGAGGUUCACUCGUUUAGGAUAAGAGUAUUUCCAGACUCUCUUCAUACACCUUGCCAGGAUUCUUUCAAGAGACCGGAGCCACUGGAUGGCUUCAUGUAUGGCUUUUCAUACUUCAGCCAAAAACGAGAUUCGAACUCCAAACGCGGGUAUCGACAGUCUUCGUUGGUGCUUCUAACGCAUCAUCAAUACCCAGCCUUCUUCACGAGCGUAGUCUCAAAGCUUGGGCCCCUUUUUCAAAACCAUGGCAUUACUAUGUUGGAAACAGGGUGUUACAACGUUGCAAAUUGGCCGAGCCCGUCGCCAGGCUCCACUCUCGAACUCGGUUUCCUAGGAUCUGUGCUCCACGUCGAACUGCCAACGAGCAUCGAUAGUCAGCAGCUCGUUGAAACUGCCUCUUUUGGAGGAGGAUUCGAUCCUACAGAGCAUUUGCUGGCAUCAUCAGUGCCGCUCUACCCUCCUUCGAUCAACUUGUUUGAGGCUUCGUUGUCCCAUCUGUGGUCUGUCUGGGAAUGUUUAAUAUUAUGUGAGCCCAUAUUGGUCUACGGCCCUUCGCCUUCCAUGACAAGCCAGGCCGUCUGGUGGCUGCGCGAUCUUAUACGCCCCAUUCCAUUGGCGGCAGAUAUCCGACCAUACUUUACUAUUCAUGACAGAGAUCAUGCAUUGCUGGUGAACAAGUCUCCCCCAAAAACGGGUUUAGUCAUUGGUGUCACAAAUCCGUUCUUUGAAAAGUCGUGUACUCAUUGGCCCCAUGUUUUGAGCGUGGGACGGAAAACAAGACCAGGUACCACGGUUGUCGCUGGUCCCAGUGCGGGAUGGAUGACUAAAACUCAUCGGCGGUACAUCUCCAAAGAUCGUCAACUACUGAAACGUCUUGAAAAGGCGUGCACCUCGAGCACGUCGGACAGAAUGCAAGCUUCGUUGGAAUUGCGAAGACAUUUUUGUUCCCGCACCAAUGCCGUUCUCGUGCCAUUGAAUCGUUAUCUCAACACUCUCAUACCAUCGCCAGCGGAACGUAAUAAGACUCUGUGUCUCCGCCGACUGAAACCAUUCAAUACCGCCGAGUUCUUUUCGUCAUUGAGGUCGAGUCCCUCUGCCCUGCCUUUCAAGUCCUCUUCAAAACAAAGGGAAUUUUAUGAGAAGUGGCUACGAACUCCUGCCUUCGGGCUGUGGUUGGCUCGUCAGGAAGAGGUCGUGCAGGAUGCACUGCGACAGAAGACAUGA